AUGACAAUCAUACCGAUCGUCUUCGUUUUCGUGCUAAAAUUCGAUUUUCUACAUGCUCGAGCCCCUUUCAUCCGAGAUCGUCCUAGAGGACUUGGUCUCUUACAGUUACCUACUGGUAUGACCGAUGAACGUUCCGGACCAUUCUUUCCUAAUUUAUACAUUGCUGGAGAUAAGGCAGGAGAGAAACCGCAAUCCGUGCCAGAUGUGCAUUUACCAGGACAGAAAGCCGAUUUUAGUGGACGGUAG